CGCCGACCUUUCCCCUAGUUUCCAGAGGGCGGUUCGUCAGCGGCCGCCGCCGCCGCCACGGAACGUGCCCACGAGGGGCCUUUCCUGCUCGCAGCCUAGCUGCACGAGGCCAUCACGCCGCCCGAGGGAGCUCAUUGGCCGGCGAAGGGGCAGCUCGCGCUGUGAUUGGCGAGGCGCUUCCCCCCCUCUCCCCGUUUUCCUCUUUCGCUCUCUCUCCGCCUCCUCCUCCUCCUCCCGGCUCUCUUCCUCCCCUUCCAGCUGCUUUUGCUGGAUGGAGUGUUUUGGUGUGUUUCCCUCGGUAUUUGGGCUGCUCGCCUCCCUGGAAGGAGGAGGAGGAGGAGGAGGGAGGGGGGGCAGGAGGCGGCGCUGGGGAUCGCUCGGGCUGGCUUUGUCACAUCGCGGCUGCCUGCGGGAGCUUCCACCACCAUGCCCAGCUCGCCUGGCGCCCAGGAGAUGGGAGAUGCCCCUACGGUUGACAUUGUGGACAUCUAUGAAUCCAUACGGGAACGACAGCGGCAUGACAGUGAAAGGUCUUCUUGCAGCACCUUGGAGCAGAAUGACAUAGAAGCAGUGGAGGUGCUUGUCUGCAUGAGCUCCUGGGGUCAAAGAUCACAGAAGGGUGACCUUUUAAAAAUAAGACCUCUUACUCCUGUUUCGGAUUCAGGAGAUUUUGCAAUGCACACGGAACCCACAUCGGAGUUGUCCAAGGACUAUAACUUUUUAUCAACUCUGUGUAUGACACCACCGUACAGUCCUGAUUUUGUCGAGCCUUCCUCUGCAUCACUGCUCUCGUCACAACAAGCCAGUUGCUCAAAAUCUCAGACAAUCAAGGCAAACAUGUCUGCCUGCAUUGUCGUGCCUCCAGGUUGUCCUCUUGCUGCUGCAGCCCAGCCAUCUGUCCUGAACAUGGAGAGACAGUCUAGCCAGAAGCCAGCCAAAGCUGAGCAGCCAGUUCCUCCGCUUUGCAGAGCCAUGGCAACGAGUGUGAUCCGUCACACAGGCGACAGUUCUGGUUCCUCCUGCAUUCCUGGCGCGCAAGUGAAAGCAGAAACGGUCUCGGGCAGCAGAAGCAGCGGUAGUCCUGCAGCGGGGCGUGAAGUGCAAGAAGAGCAACAUUCCAGAAUUUCUCAGAACAUUGCAGACAACUUCUCUCGUGUUACUUCCCCAGCCCACGAGUCUUAUUUGCCCAACUUAGGUCCUUCUAGACUUUCCAGUAAAGGACAUGAAUGGCCCAGCCUUUCUCCGCAGCAGACUCCCUUUCCGAAACAUUGUGAAAAUGAUACACCACACAAGACUCCCUCCCUGCUGCCCACCCCGCUUUCAAACCCACCCGUGAUCUGCCAAAUGAUCCCCUUGGAGGGACAAAGAGGUAUGGUCCCCGCCUUCCUAAAGCCCUCUGCUCAGCCUGCAGCCACAGUCAAACCCAUCUUACCCCACACAGCCCCUGUUUCCCAGCCUGUUUUGAUGGGACCUUCUGUGCCUCAGGGGACUGUUAUGUUGGUUCUUCCACAGGCUACAGUUUCCCAGGCACCGCCAGGCCAACAAACCAUGAUGUCCGUCGGGAAUACAAAGUUAUUGCCUCUGGCCCCGGCGCCGGUUUUCAUUGCCUCUGGUCAAAGCAGUGCCCCUUUAAUGGACUUUUCCCGGAGAAGGAAUUACGUUUGCAAUUUUCCAGGCUGCAGGAAAACAUACUUCAAAAGCUCUCACCUGAAAGCUCACCUCCGUACUCAUACAGGAGAGAAACCAUUCACCUGUAGCUGGGAAGGCUGUGAUAAAAAGUUUGCCCGCUCUGAUGAACUUUCUCGACACCGCAGAACUCAUACAGGGGAGAAGAAGUUUGCUUGCCCGGUCUGUGACCGACGGUUCAUGCGCAGUGAUCACCUGACAAAACACGCGCGUCGUCACAUGGCCACAAAGAAGGUGCCUAGCUGGCAGACGGAAGUUGGCAAACUGAACAGAAUCUCCACGAUAGAGAAGCCCAGAAGUGAGAGCACGCUGAGCAUGCUUCUCCCCAUGCUGUCUUCUGGCUAACCAGCCUAUUGGUGGAAAUGAACAAUUCAAGAGGAGUGUGGGAAUUUCCAAGCAAAACAGCUUUGAUAGAUUUCUUCCCCCCCCCCUUAAAUGUCCACUAAUUUUGGAGUGGGGAGGAGGACUGCAAAGGUCCCUCCCUCUUUUCUGUACCCUCCCUUCAGUUUAAGCCCUAUUUAAUCAUUAACCUCAGUUUUAUUUCUGUCACCCCCUUCUUCCACCUUCUGUACUGUGGGACAUUCACUAGCACUUCAGGGAAACAAAAAAAAAAUGGGUGUGGUGUUUCCACAGGAGAAUGUUGGUGGCUUGUUCUUUGAAAACAUAUUUUCACUUGAGUAACAGCGGUAUAUAGGAAGUGAAACAGGGUGGAUUUUAUUCCCAAUGUUAUACUAGUUUUCCUACCUGUCUUGUAUUUGUUCAGCUGCAGGCCACAACUGCAUUAUUAUUGUCAUUAUUAUUAUUAAUAGUAAUAUUAUUAUUAUUUGCUGAACACAAUCCAAAUGAAUUUAUAAUAGUACAGUAUCUGAAUCUCAAUCAAGCAACUGAGUCCACUUCAGGAUUUUCUGUCAUGUCCAAGAUUUAAGCACAGACGUUCUCUCCCAUGUCUGGUGAUAAGAUGCCCAGAUACACACCGUGAACUUGUUUUAGAUGUGGCACAGAGCAUCUUCAUCAGCAUCAGAGGCCUUGCCUGGGUCAUAAUUCUGUAUGGUCAAUAGUGCUCCAGCAUGUUUUUCCCUAGCCCCAGUUCCAUAUGUAUGCGACAUUUGCUUGCUACUCAGGAAGUGUUGGCAUGCAAACACUGCAUACACAGGAAUGAAUGCAUUUGCUGUGUAAAGUUCCCUCGUAUGAGUAAAAUGAUUAGUGGUAGGGCUGCAUGUGAUCCUCUUGUGUCUGUUAGGCAGAUAGUUCCAGAACAUGAGCUCAUUUCUGCUGCAGUAUUUUCAUUUGCCUUCAGCUGGGCAGGCGAGAUGGCUCUGGUCCUAAGGGUAAAGUUUGUCUCAGUAAUGAAAGAACAGAGGGAUGCUAGCAUGCCCUUGUGUUUUGAUACUGUGAUGUUAGAAGUGUCCUUUUUACUUUAAUAUGCAGUACUCUCCAGUUCAUAAGGUGGAGGAUUACAUAAAUCACAUAAUACUUGACAUGCUGGUUUAAGGAGUCUGUUCAAAAAUGUAAUUUUUCCAAACUCUGGUCAGUAGUACAAAACUCUCAGCGUUCAGGACUUUUGUGCCUCAUGGGCUUCAGUGGGAUAGUGAAUUACUUCUUUAAAUAUGUUCUGUUGCAUUUACUGGGAAAUAAGGGCUUGAGUCUGAUUGCAUUAUGCCCUUGAUUAGAGAUGGGAUUUGGGGAUAUUUUGAAUUACAGAUGCCAUGAUUCUCCAUUCUGGAGUUAUAUCUGACUGAUAGACACCUACAUAUGGCUCACCUGGGAGAAAGGCCUAAGUAGAAGGCUUUGAGGCCUACCUAGACCUAACUUCCUGUUCAAAAAAAGAAGAAGCUCCCAGCUAGCACUGGGAUUGGAACAACUUCAUUGUUUUAUUAUAUUGCUCUAAAAUAAAUUAAGAGCUGGAGUCAAAAGUUAAGCAUGCAUUUCGUGCAUGACCUAUUUUAAAUAAUCUUGGCAAAUAAUUGGGUGACUUCUCAUCCCGCUACCACAGGUGUAGCUUAAUUGGUUCUAUGGAAGAUGAGCAACCAAAAACCACGUUAGCUUCAUUUUCCAUAUGGAGCAUUUAGUCAUUUGUAGUGCUAAAUUAAAUCCAGCGCAUUCAUUGUGUGAGUUACCUUUUCUGAGCAUUCCUCUCACCCAGUGCUUCUCAUUCCUCAAGAACAGAUGGGCGUACUACAGGGUAAGGGGGAGAUCCAUGUUCAAAUGAUGUUUGGUCAGUGGAAGAUUACCAUUGAAUGCAACCCUCUACCUUAUAAUGUGUGCUUUUAAAAUGGGAGCAAUUUAUAACAAUUGCAAAAUUCUGCGGAAUAGUAGUGAAUGGAUCUACAACAGAGAUUUCUAUUUCAUGAACACCCCCCUCCAAUGUUUAGCUUUUGAACGAAAAAAAAUGCUUUUUAAAAAUAUAAUGAUGCUGUUCUUGUGGCCUCCUUGUCCACAGCACAGGGACUAAGUAACAAGGAAGUGACAGAUAAUUAUAGAGCUGCUGUUAUUUUGUCUUUUUGGGAGUAUUGAGAGAAAAAUGAAUUAUGAGACAUCUUAGAUCCUUCAGCUACCAUCUCAGAUGAAAGCAUGGUGUAUUUGUCUGUGGUAUAAUAGCUGGCCAUUGAAGCUACCAACAUGAAUUUGACCCAACACCGGGAGGCAGUGGAAGACAAGAGGGCCUGGUGUGCUCUGGUCCAUGGGAUCACAAAGAAUCAGACACGACGUAAUGAUUAAACAACAAUAAUAGCUGACAUUUUAUUAGUAUCAGAAACUAGAUAGAUCUCUCAUUACUGUUGUAGUAAUCACAUAGCGCUGUUAUUAAACCAAAGUUGCCAUACCGUAAGCUAAUCUAAAAACAUUUACUCUAAUGUUAAUUUAUUGGCAAUACCCCUUAAAAUAAGUGAUUUGAGCUCAAUUGUAAAAACGUGCACUAGAUUGAUGCUGAGGCAGUGUUGAUAUACAGGAUUGCUGGCAUGUGUGUAUGUGCUAGCGGCUUUUUUUGUACCUCCACAGCAGCUUCAUCUGCAGAAAUUUAUGAAGGGAAGUUUAUCCUGCCACAUCAUUAGCGUGCUAGGAGCAAUUUCAGCUGCUAAAAUUCUUCCAGGCUCUCUGGCAGAAGGGUGAGGAGGGACAAAACAAAGGGUUGGUCCCUCUGUGUGGUUUGAGAGUCUGCAAAGCCACAACUCUUUCCUUGUCCAUCCUAAACAUACAGCUUCCUGUGUCUUUUCCUAUUGAAUUGAAUGAUAGCUCAUAAUAAAGUUGAUUGUAAUAGAAA